AUGGUCAGCGCAAGAUGGCUGGCGAUCUUUGAUCGCGCGAUUCGAAAACCCCGACCCAUCACUAACAGACAAAUCCUCCAAUCUUGGGUAAAUAUCUACACCAACCAACUUCGGGUACGACCUCGAGAUACACACGAGCAAUGCCAAGCAGCGGCAGAGGUGAGAUGGUGGAAUUUUCUGUUUAAUGAUCGUGAAUGCCCUGAAUCACCAGCCGAAAUCUACAUGUUGGAAGUUGCCAAUGAAUUCUACUUCGACAACCUCCCUGGAGACGCUCGCCAAUGGCGCAAUAUCGUCAGGAAGGCGGUUCAAUCUGGUCAUAAGAUUGCGUCUCUGUGUCAAUCAUGGAUCGAUGUUCGUGUCGAGCUGGCGGCCAAUCAUUACCUCGUUCACAGACAACAGACUGAUAUGUUCGCAUACGCCGCAGAGGUGAAGUGGUUCAAACGUCUUUUUCCUAAUGAAGCAUUCAUGGGCAGGCCUCCUCAGGAAUGGCUCGAAUAUGAGUUCGCUAGAGAAUCUGCGGAUCACAAGCACAGAUAUGAAGAGCAGAAGAUUCUAGGUGCAAGACACGUACGGCUUUGGCUUGGGAUUCUACCCGUCGGUGCGAGUCUCACAGUCAAUCCAUCGCCAAAUGUUGGUCCUCAGCGCGACAUGUCUCGUCUUCAGGCAGACGCGUCAAGCUCUAUCAAGUCUUCCGUCACAAUGCAAGCUGAGCCCCAGCGCCGAGGUGUUCAGACUAAACCCAAUCGCAAAUCUACUAAAAGCACUCCCGCACCACCUCCACGUACGGAAUCCCGCAAAGGCAAGCCGAAUGGUCCAAUUCAGAGUACGAAGGAACCUCGAAAGCCGUCUCAACACCCAGGACGUGAAACGAAACGUCGCCCUACAGCACCUUGGGAAGAGCAAGGUAUCUCCGCAGAUGAAUGGUCGACUUCGUUCCUGGAUUCUAUCGUAUCACAGUACCAGAAUUCCGCAAAUGAGCAAGUUCGUCAAACUCCUGCCUGCAAGCGUUCUGCUUCAAGAUUCACUGAAAUGCCAGCCGAGAAUUCUGCAGAGGGUGACUCUCGGAAGCGCGUUCGAGUUGAGUGA